AUAUCGUUAUAUAAGUAAUCACAAUCCAAAAUUAUGUCAAAAACAGAACUAACUGAGUGAACUUUCAACAAUGUUCUGGCUCCAUUUAUCGAACUUUGUUGAUUAUUCUUAAAAGUUCGAUAGUAAGUUCAUUUGAACUAAGAAACUCGACUUUUCCGAUUUUAGAGCUUGCAAUACAAAUGGGUGAUACAUACAAUACGAGCAUUAUACAUUACCCUUCGCAAUGAGCAAAUUAUCACCGCACAAUGAAAAUUAUCAGUUCGAGAGUUCAUUCUCGUUUAUGUCUCUAAUAGGCAUAAAAAUAAAAUUCAAAGUGCAACAGCUAUAAACUUAAAUGGAUGGAAAUCAAUUUGUAACUUCCCUCAGCUAUAUAUAAGAACUUAACUCCAGCUUAAAUGCUUAAAGUAUUUUUGCUUUUAAGAUCGUUCAGUCAUGGAUUUAAUUUUGUGCAUAAUCUUAGUCGCUUUGCUAGUGCUUUAUUAUCUGUGGACACGUCGUGAGUUUUAUAAGCUUUCUAUGAAGUUUCCUGGUCCUCUAGGAUAUCCUUUAAUUGGCAUAGCAUUAAAAUUAUCCCAUAACGGAGUUGUGCUCAAGCUGCUAAGAACUUAUAUCAAGAAAUAUGGAAACAUUUUUGUGUCCUGGCUGGGUCCAUUUCCUGCGCUUAUUGUCAGUGAUCCUCAAGUAACACGGGAUAUAUUAACGUCUCCAAAUUGUGUGAAUAAGAGUUUCUUCUAUAAGAUUAUAGAAGAUUCUUUGGGCAAGGGCUUGAUCACUCUGCACGAUUCCGAUUGGACCAAACAUAGAAAGAUCUUAAAUCCCGCUUUCAGCCACAAAAUGUUGCUGAGUUUCUUUCCGAUUUUCAACAAGGAGACAGGAAUAUUACUUAAAGAGUUCAACAAAUUAGCAGAUGGCGAAGAAAGGGAUAUAUUGCCAUGUUUACAGCUGUUCACAUUAAGCAUAGCAACGCAAACCACAAUGGGCACUUGUGUUAAGGAAGAUCCAAAAUUCCAGGAUAACUCUAUAGUGGUUCAUUUUCAAUGGCUUAUAGAAUGCGCAACGGAAAUUAUGCACUCUCCGUGGUUGUAUAAUCCAAUUAUACGUCAAAUGUUGGGCAAAGAGGAGCAAUUUGUAAAAUCCAAAACCUAUGCAAGUACAUUUAUAACCAAGAUAGUGGAUCAGAAGCUCUCUGAAGAUAUUAAAGAUGAAACCCCCUGCAAUAAUAAUUCUGUUCUCAAUUUGGCAAUUCACCAAUUUAAACGUGGCACCUUUGCCAGAAAGGAUGUUGAAGAUGAGUCGUGUGUAUUGGUUGCUGCAGCCGUUGAGACAUCCUCGAAUGCAGUAGCCUUUACGCUCAUGCUGCUAGCCAUGUUUCCAGAGUAUCAAGAAAAGGCAUUUGGGGAAAUUCAAGCUCUGUUUCCUAAAGCGGGCGACUUUUCAAUUAGCUACGAAGAUAUACAACAAAUGGUUUAUUUGGAUCUCGUUGUGAAUGAAUGUUUGCGAUUAAUACCGCCGGUUCCAAUCGUAGCACGGCAAACGUCUCAACCUGUGCGGCUAUCAAGCGGCGUUGUGAUACCCAAAGGCAUGCAAAUUAUUAUUAACAUAUUUGAAAUGCAACGCAGAAAGGAUAUAUGGGGAGAAGAGGCGGAAUCUUUCAAUCCUGAUCACUUUCUGCCACACAAUUUCCAGGACAUACAUCCCUACGGUUUUAUACCCUUUACAAAGGGUAUACGUAACUGCAUAGGGUGGCGAUAUGGUCUCUUAUCUAUAAAACUCACGUUGGCAAAAUUACUGAGAAACUAUAAAUUUAGCACAAGUUUUAAUUUUAAAAAUCUCGAAUAUGUUGAAAAUGUAACCAUGAAAUUAGCUACUAUGCCGCUUUUGAAAUUUGAACAGAGAAACUAACUUAAAACUUAAUAAAAGAACAUUUAAACCAUUAACCGAUAAAAAUCUAA